AUGAAUGACUAAUUAUGAAUAAUUUUUUUUUUCCUAACACUAUUAAAGUUGCAUACAAAAGUUCCAAGGCGCCAGACGAGGAGGCAUUUGAAACUCUUGGAAUGAAAUCAAACUAUUUGAAAAUAAUCAACCACAUAUUCAGCAAGUUUAUUGAGUUUGAUAAAACAUAAAAAAAGAAAAAAAUAACAAAUAAAGAUUGAUAAUUAUAAAAAAGAAAAAAAGAAUAUACUAGUAUAGUAGGUCGUACUGGGAGUCGAACCCAGAUCUCGAGAAUCAAAAUCUCAUGUGCUAGCCGCUACACCAUACAACCGAUCUGAUGGCUUUGGAUGAAUUAUAACACACGAAGGGUUUUCAAAAGGAAGAAAGAAAACCAAGGAAGAAGGGGUGUGUGUGAGAAAUAUUCAAUUUGCAAGAAAAAGCCUUUAAUUUAAAGAGAAUUUAUUUGAUUUCCUUUUCAUUUUUCUUUCUUUUUUUCCUUUGUUUUUCUAGACUCUUCCUUUUAUCUUUUGCAUUUGUCGCCCUUUGUUUGACAUAGUCGUACAGCAAACAAAAUGUGGAUGCUCGGUAAACUCGAUUUAGUUGAUGGAUAAGAUGUAAACGAGAAAUUUCAAGUCUAUCAAUGAAUAACACAGUGCCCUUAAUGAAACUAUGGGCAAUAUGAGAUGGAAAAUUAGAUUGAUCGGGACUUUUUGUGUGAGAUACCUAUUCAAACAUUUCUAUUGCUUCUUCUUCUUCUUGUUGGUCAUUUCCCAGGUGCUUGCCUUCUUUUAGGAACAAAAUCUGUUGUUUUGUUUUUUGUUUACAUAUUGAUAGACUUCAAGAUAAAUCGUUUCUUUAUCGACAUAAAACGACUUUCAUUGCGUGCUCCCAUGAAGAUACGUUAGUUUCUUAAGGGUUCUUUUACGACAUAUUUAAGAAAUGCUAACCAAUAUUUGGUGAUUCUUUUACAAGAUGUCGUUAUAGAAAGGCAAGACAUAUAGCCUCUAUCAAUGAGAAAGUACUCCUAUAUAUGUAGGAGUUUAUGUUGCAAGGGUUUGUCUUGUUUUCGAUUAGGAGAAUUCUUAAGGCUUAUUUGAAUAAAAAAAGGAAGAAACGAAUCCAUUUGGAAAUAGAGGAAUAAUUUUAAUACCAUCUGUGAUAAUUUACGGGUUGUUUGAUCCUUUCAUAUUUCUUGGGUUACUUGGGUUACCUGUUUAAAUUGGUCGUUUGUUGUUAUUGUCAUUGUCAUAGCCGUUGUUGCUAUUGUUUGUGCGAGCGGUGCGGUAAGAUAAAAGGAAGCAAAACAAAAAUCUCUUUAGGAAUUGCUUUUUAAAAGAAACAGGGAUUAUUUCAUUCUAUCGUUCGUCUUGAAAUCAUGAGCGAACUUUUUAGGAAUCCUCCUUCCAUACACAGUAGCGAUGUUGACGACUCUUUGAGAACGGAAAACGAAGGCAAGAAUAGUAUAGAGAAAGAAAAAGGUGAGGAAAAGUUUACAACACUUUCGCAGGUCUCUCAAAGUGUGUAUUCUGAUACCCAAAACCAUUCGAUGUCCCUUUUGGAUGAAACUUUCAAGUAUAUGAAAGAGGCAAAGGAAUUGGAGCCGUUAAGUCAUAGACAAGAAAAAAAAUUGCGCUGGAAACUCUACUUUACCAUUCUCGCGAUGGUCAUGCUUUUAGACAUGAUGCUGUAUAUUGAUAAAGCCACCCUCAGUUACUCUAGCGUUCUUGGUCUAUUUGGUGACACGCAUAUUACAAAAGAUCAGUAUAACAAUCUUAGCACAAUAUUCUAUGUGGGAUACAUAAUUGGUCAAAUUCCAGGUCAUUUAUUACUGCAGCGAUUCCCCGUGGGCAAAUUUGUCGCUAUUUCAACGGCGCUUUGGACCCUGAUUAUUUUUUUACAUUGUACGGCUUACAAUUACGGAGGACUCAUGGCGCUUCGUUUUUUCCUUGGUCUCGUUGAGUCCUCUUUGCUUCCCACCAUGGAAGCUACACUCGGUAUGUUCUUCCCGCACGAGGAAUUGGUUUAUCUUCAACCUAUAUUUUAUAUUUCUUGCUACGGCUGUAACAUUCCCGCUGGUUUCAUUGCAUAUGGUGUGCAAUACGCUACUCACACUGUCCCUCCUUGGAAGCUUUUUAUGAUUAUUGUUGGUGGGAUUACAUUCUUUAUGACUAUUUGGCUCUUCUUUUAUUAUCCAGAUAAUCCUACCAAGGCACGCUUUUUGACAAAAAAUGAACGUUUGUAUACCAUAGACCGCGUUCGCAAAAACAAUAAGAGCGGCAUCGAAUCCAAAAAAUUCAAAAAGUAUCAGGUAACUGAGGCGUUAAAAGAACCGGUUACUUGGCUAUUUGCUCUUCAUGUUUUCACAAACCAACUUGCUAACAACUUGGCUUACCAGCAAAACCUGUUGUUUACCAGUCUGGGUGUAUCGAAUCUGAACUCAACUUUAGUCAGUGUUGCUAAUUCUGGAUACAACUGUGUGAGUUCCAUUCUUGCUACGUACUUUAUGAGUUUAAUAGUGAACCAAAGUGGGUUCCAUGGGGCCUUGUGGUACAUUCCCUGUUUAGCAGGAGGGAUUGCUUCUGUCACAAUUCCCUGGAGUCAUAAAAUCGGAGAAUUGGCUGCUAUUAUUAUAGCAACUAAUUUUGGAAUUCCUUUUAUAAUUUCCCUCGGGUGGAUGUCUGCUACAUGCGCCGGAUAUACCAAAAAGCUUACUAGAGGUGUUAUGUUUAUGAUUGCCUAUGCCGUAGCCAACAUCAUCGGACCUCAAAUGUGGCAGGGUCGCGAUGCUCCUAGAUAUUAUCCUGCGUGGAUUGUUCAAAUCGUUGUUUCUUGGUCAAUUUCUCCUGCAAUUCUUUUAAUCAUCCGUUGGAUACUCGUUCGUCAAAAUAAGAAACGCCAAGCUCUACGCGAACAAAAUUCCGAAGAAAAGAUUUCUAAGACUUGGGUUGAGUACUUGGAUUCUUCUGGAAAUCCUACGGCCGGAUUCGUUGAUAAUACUAUGUUGGAUUUGACUGAUCAAGAAAAUUUGAUGUUUAUCUAUCCAUUAUAGUAUCCUUUUUCCCCUCUCUUUUCCCCAAUCUAUGCUUUUGUCUUUCAUUUUUUUUAAUGCGUUUUCAUUUUAAUUUGCUUUCUAUACUGGUUUUCUUUGGUUUGGUUGUUUUGUAGAAACGAAUGCAUGAUGGAUUUCACUUACAAAGUAUGUAUUUCCUAAUUAUUUAAUAAAUUUCUUUUUAAUUGUUGUCUACCAAUAUAAAGUUGAUUCAUAUGCGUAUAAUGAAUACCAAACAAAUGACCAGCAAAGAAGAAAGCUAAUAGAAAGUCGAGCUUGUUGUGUAGGCCUAUCCUCUGAUCUGAGCAUUCAAACAUUUAAUUGAGAGACUUGGUUGCUUUGUUCGAUAAAAAAAAUUUAGUACUAUAAUGAAACCGUGUAUUUUAUACCGGCAGUAUACGUACAAUAUAUCCUUUUUUUUUCCUUUCAAAAUUACAUACUUACUGAUUUGUGUCACAGAUGGAUUCUUUCUCCUUAAGAAAAUAAACAAAUCGGUGGAAGGGUAAUGGUAAGCUAUAAGGAACUGUGGAUUCUAAAAAUAAAACAAAAAUGUUCCGAGCUGAUCCUGAAAAGUUAUAUAUACUUCUAGUUGUCAGUCUAAAUCUUACAGAUUGGAGGGUUUGACUGAUCUGGCGAAGUACGCUCUACAUACGUGUUUUUAGUGAAUCAGCAGAUCCCUGGAAACUAAUUAACAUUCUUUUGAAUCAUACCAAAGUAGCCAACUUUAAAUGCAGUUUCUUAUAACUUACCAUUACUUUUUCACCGAUCUGUUUAUUCUCUUAACGAGAGAGUCCUCCAUCUAUGACAGAAUGAAUAAACAAAAAAUCGUACAGAAAGUAUCGAAUGUAGACAAACAGAAGAAUUUAGAUGAAGACCCUGCUAUUAAUGGAUAUUUGAAGUUACUUGUCAAAUCUUUUGAUCUGAAGAUUUGUCUGAUUAGACUUUAUAAAUGAAAUAAGAAUUUUAUGUAGACAAUUAACUCA